AUGCCCGCAACCCGCCCCAUCCGCAUCGGCAACGUCUCCGGCGCAACAGGGGACCAUCCCCGUGCCAUGCACCGGAUGGCAACCGCCGGUAACGUCGAUGUGAUAGUCGGCGACUGGCUAUCUGAGAUGAAUAUCGCGUGGAACGCCAUUGCGAAGGCGCAGGAUGACCAGGUCGGGUUUGAGCAGGGGUUCCUAGAUCCAUUGGGGAGUUGCCUUGAUGUUAUUGUUCAAAAGGGGAUUAAGGUUGUUAGCAAUGCCGGGGCGUUGAAUACGCCUGCGCUUGCGGGGAGGGUAGAAGAGCUUUGUAAGGAAAAGGGGUAUACUGGUGUUGUUGUUGCGCAGGUGCUUGGGGAUGAUAUUUCGGAGUGUUUGAAGGAGGAUGGGAUGGGGGACUUGAGGCAUCUGGAUCAUGAGUGGAGGCUGGGGGAUUGGCCGUUUGAGCCGCACUGUGGUGUUGCGUAUAUCGGGGCUUGGGGGAUCGUGGAGGCCCUCAAUGCCGGGGCGGAUAUUGUGAUCUGUGGUAGAGUCACUGAUGCGUCGCCGGUGAUUGGGGCUGCGGCGUGGUGGUAUAAAUGGGCGAGAGAGGCCUGGGAUGAGCUGGCUGGGGCGUUGGCUGCUGGUCAUCUGAUUGAAUGCGGCGCAUAUGUCACUGGUGCCAACUUCUCCGGCUUCAAAGCUUUUCUUCCUGACCUGGUUGAUCUGUCCUUUCCAAUCGCAGAGAUCAGUCCAGACGGGACUUGCGUGAUAACCAAGUGCGAAAACUACGCCGGCGCAGUAACAAAGGAGAAUACAAUUGCCCAGCUCCUCUACGAGCUCCAAGGCGAAACAUAUCUGAACUCAGACGUGGUGGCAGAUCUCAAAAACAUCUACAUCGAACAAAUCGCCAAAGAUAGAGUGCUCGUACGAGGAGUAUCAGGCUCGCCACCUCCACCAACUACAAAGGCCAUGAUUGCCGCACAGGCAGGGUAUCAAGCAGAGGCUACGUUCUACAUGAACGGGCUGGAUAUCUACCAGAAGGCGGAGAUGAUGCGCAACCAACUCGAGCAUAUAUUUACGGGACACAAUUUCUCGAAGCUUUCGAUUGAACUGUAUGGAUCGCCUACGGUGGACCCAAAAAGCCAACAGGCUGGAACGGUGUCUCUGCGUGUCUUUGCGCAGGCGCGCAAGAGAGAGGAUAUCGCGGCGGAGAAGUUCAAAAUACCCAUUUACGCUUUGCGCAUGCAGAGCUAUCCUGGAUACCAUAUGAACCUGGAUUUCCGCACAAUGGACCCCAAGCCCUUCAUGGAGAUAUUCCCUGUCAUCUUUCCCCUGGACAGGAUUAACCACCGGGUGAAACUAUCCAACGGCAGAACUAUACAGGCUCCAUCGUCGGCAGAAACAAGGAAAUAUUCUAUCCAACGACCGUCCUACGAGACGAAAUGCCCCAUCUCUCUAUCGGAGUUCGGUCCUACCCAACGUGUGCCACUCGGGAGUAUCGUUCAUGCCCGGUCAGGCGAUAAAGCGGACAAUUCGAAUGUGGGAUUCUUCGUACGAAAUGAGGAUGAGUACCCAUGGCUGCAGUCUUUUCUGACUAUCCCACGACUGAAGGAACUGUUUGCGGACGACUGGCCGAAGGAGAAAGAGCCUGCUGUUGAAAGGUGCGAGUUUCCUAAUAUCCUCGCGGUACAUUUCAGGGUCCUUGAUUUCCUGGGUGGUGGGAUUGCCAGCUCAAGUCGUAUUGAUGGCCUGGGGAAGGGCGUUGGCGAGUACCUGCGCAGUCGGGUCGUCGAUGUCCCGGUGAAGUUCUUAGAGAGGGGGUGGAUAUGA